AUGCGCGAGUCCGUUGCAGUCCUUCGUCCGCGGUCGCCGUACUCCCGAAAUGCGCAUUACGAGGUAAAUGCGCGAGUCCGUUGCAGUCCUUCGUCCGCGGUCGCCGUACUCCCGAAAUGCGCAUUACGAGGUAAAUGCGCGAGUCCGUUGCAGUCCUUCGUCCGCGGUCGCCUCCUUCGUCCGCGGCGAGUCCUUCGUCCGCGGUCGCCGUACUCCCGAAAUGCGCAUUACGAGGUUAAAUGCGCGGUCGUUGCAGUCCUUCGUCCGCGGUCGCCAUACUCCCGAAAUGCGCAUUACGAGGUAAAUGCGCGAGUCCGUUGCAGUCCUUCGUUCGCGGUCGCCGUACUCCCGAAAUGCGCAUUACGAGUCCUUCGUCCGGUUCCUCGAAAUGCGCGGUCGUCCGUGCAGUCCUUCUCCCGAAAUGCGCAUUACGAGGUAAAUGCGCGAGUCCGUUGCAGUCCUUCGUCCGCGGUCGCCGUACUCCCGAAAUGCGCAUUACGAGGUAAAUGCGCGAGUCCGUUGCAGUCCUUCGUCCGCGGUCGCCGUACUCCCGAAAUGCGCAUUACGAGUUGCAGUCCUUCGUCCGCGGUCGCCGUACUCCCGAAAUGCGCAUUACGAGGUAAAUGCGCGAGUCCGUUGCAGUCCUUCGUCCGCGGUCGCCGUACUCCCGAAAUGCGCAUUACGAGUCCUUCGUCCGCGUUCGCCGUACUCCCGAAAUGCGCAUUACGAGGUAAAUGCGCGAGUCCGUUGCAGUCCUUCGUCCGCGGUCGCCGUACUCCCGAAAUGCGAGUCCUUCGUUCGCGGUCGCCGUACUCCCGAAAUGCGCAUUACGAGGUAAAUGCGCGAGUCCGUUGCAGUCCUUCGUCCGCGGUCGCCGUACUCCCGAAAUGCGCAUUACGAGGUAAAUGUCGUUGCAGUCCUUCGUCCGCGGUCGCCGUCCGAAAUGCGAAAUGCGCAUUACGAGGUAAAUCCUUCUUCCGCGGUCGCCGUACUCCCGAAAUGCGCAUUACGAGUCCUUCGUCCGCGGUCGCCGUUGAAAAUGCGCAUUACGAGGUAAAUGCGCGAGUCCGUUGCAGUCCUUCGUCCGCGGUCGCCGUACUCCCGAAAUGCGCAUUACGAGGUAAAUGCGCGAGUCCGUUGCAGUCCUUCGUCCGCGGUCGCCUCCUUCGUCCGCGGUCGCCGUACUCCCGAAAUGCGCAUUACGAGGUAAAUGCGCGAGUCCGUUGCAGUCCUUCGUCCGCGGUCGCCGUACUCCCGAAAUGCGCAUUACGUAAAGGUAAAUGCGCGAGUCCGUUGCAGUCCUUCGUCCGCGGUCGCCUCCUUCGUCCGCGGUCGCCGUACUCCCGAAAUGCGCAUUACGAGGUAAAUGCGCGAGUCCGUUGCGGUCGCCUUCCCGAAAUCCGCGGUCGCCGGUCGCCGUACUCCCGAAAUGCGCAUUACGAGGUAAAUGCGCGAGUCCGUUGCAGUCCUUCGUCCGCGGUCGCCGUACUCCCGAAAUGCGCAUUACGAGGUAAAUGCGCGAGUCCGUUGCAGUCCUUCGUCCGCGGUCGCCGUACUCCCGAAAUGCGCAUUACGAGUCCUUCGUCCGCGGUCGCCGUACUCUCCCGAAAUGCGCAUUACGAGGUAAAUGCGAGUCCGAGUCCGGUCGCAGAAAUCGAGUCCGUUGAUCCACGAGUCCUUCGUCCGCGGUCGCCGUACUCCCGAAAUGCGCAUUACGAGGUAAAUGCGCGAGUCCGAGUCGGUCGUUUCCUGAAAUGCGCAUUACGAGGUAAAUCCUUCCGUUGCAGUCCGUCCGCGGUCGCCGUACUCCCGAAAUGCGCAUUACGAGGUAAAUGCGCGAGUCCGUUGCAGUCCUUCGUCCGCGGUCGCCGUACUCCCGAAAUGCGCAUUACGAGGUAA